AUGUUGAAAGAAAUUUGUGGCGACACGACUCUUUCUAUCGCUGGUCCGUCCUGUUUCAAGCAGUUCAGGAAUGUUACCAUGUUACCAUUGGUGCUCCUCGCUCACACACCCCCCUCGCGGCCCCCCCCUCACACCCCCCCACCCACCACCUCCCUUCGCCAUGUCCACCCCCUCCCCACCCACCACGCCCCCUCGCCACCCCCCCUCGCCAUACCCCGCCCUUUACCCACGCCUCUUCACCACGCCCAUUCGCUCUACUCCGCACCCCGCCCCCUCGCUCCCUUCCCGCCUUCCACGCCCCCUCCAUCCCCCCCCACCUCCCCGCCAAGAACUUUUGCAUUCCGAGAAUUCUCACAAUUCAUCCCCGGAACGGCCGCCUCUCUCCCUCCUCCCUUCCUCACGCCCCCUCCCCCCCUUCCUCGCGCCCCCUCCCCCUCCUCCUCACGACUCUCCCCCCUCCCUCUCUCUCCUCACGCCCCCUCUCCCCCCCUCCUCACGCCCCCUUCCCCCUCUCCUCACUCUCCCCACCACGACCCCCGGCAGGAGGCGAUAACGAACCAGUGCAUUGAUUGGUCGGCGCAGCUGGAGAUCACGUUCCAGAUGGCCUCGCAAGAGAUUCAGCUGCUGUCGAGUCUGGUGACGGUGUUCUACUUUGGGAAGCAAGGCGACGCCAGACUCGACGAGCCCUCGUUCCGGGACUACAUCAACCAGACGCACUUCUCGCGCCCAUUUGCCUCCAACGUUGGCUUCGCGCCCUUCCUCAGAAGCUCCGAUCGAGACGCCUUCGAAGCACUCAUGAGGCGGAAGCAGCAGCAGCAGCAGCAGCAGCAGCAGCAGCAGCAGCAGCAGCAGGAAAUCAUGAGCAGCUGUAUACACGCCCCCAACGCCUCAUGCAUGCCACAGCAGCCGCUCUACGCGCCGCUGCUCUUCACAGAUCGCUACGUGCCCAUGCCCGGCCAGUCCUUUCUGGGACUCGACAUGCUCUCCAGUGAGUGCUCCUCACUCCACCUUCCCUUGCUGCUUCUUUCUGUCCCCGGGCCAUGCCCGGCCGGCCAGUCCUUUCUGGGGCUCGACAUGCUCUCCAGUGAGUGCUCUCCACCUGCCCUUGCUGCGGAGUCGUUUCCUGAGUUGAGGGAAGCUGCGCGGAACGUUCCCCAAGCGGGGCCGUCGGGGCUGCUGGCAGCACCACCGGCGGGGCAGCCCCGGGAGACACACCACCCGUUGACAGGUGCAGCGGUGGGGCGUGUGUUUGACUCUACACGCGGCGAGCGCCAGCUGGUGCAUGCAGGGUGCCCGCAUGGAGUCGGGGCGUGCAACAGCAGUAGCACGGCGGGCGGCACGUUCUUUCCAGAGCGCCGUUUGCUGGACCUUGGGAACUCCGUUGGUGCUUUCGAGCUGGAGUGCGCAUACGACACCCCGCCUGUGUCGUACCUGUGGCCGUCCCUCUGGGCACUGUUUGUGCUCGUGGUCUACUCGCUGCUGGCCUCCUGUCCUGACCCCCUGCCCUCCCAACCCCUCCCUGCUCCCCUUUUCCAUCCACCCUCACCAUCCAGCUAUGACACCCCGCCCGUCUCCUACCUGUGGCCGUCCCUCUGGGCGCUCUUCGUGCUCGUGGUCUACUCGCUGCUGGCGCUGGCCGUGUGGGCCAUCUGCUGCCACCUCGUGUGGCUGGAGCGAGACUACCAGCGCAUGCAGCGCCUCAAGGAUAGGAUGAAGGCUGCGAAACUGGUUGCGGAGCAUGCCGCCAAGGCCAAGAGCAACUUCCUUGCCGUCAUGUCGCACGAACUACGCACGCCGCUGAAUGCAGUCAUAGGUAAGCACCUCGUGCGGCUGGAGCGAGACUACCAGCGCAUGCAGCGCCUCAAGGAUAGGAUGAAGGCUGCGAAACUGGUUGCGGAGCAUGCCGCCAAGGCCAAGAGCAGCUUCCUUGCCGUCAUGUCGCACGAACUACGCACGCCGCUGAAUGCAGUCAUAGGUAAGCACCUCGUGCGGCUGGAGCGAGACUACCAGCGCUUGCAGCGACUCAAGGACCGCAUGAAGGCUGCCAAGCUCGUGGCUGAGCAUGCUGCCAAGGCGAAGAGCAACUUCCUCGCCGUCAUGAACCAUGAGCUGCGCACGCCGCUCAAUGCAGUUAUAGGCAUGAUGAAUCUGCUGGUGGACACGCCUCUGGACGCUACCCAGCUGGAUUAUGCCGAGACGGCUCGCACCAGCGGACGGGCGCUCGUGUCUCUCAUCAACGACAUUCUUGACCUCUCAAAGAUCGAGGCCAACCGCAUGGUGCUGGAAAAGGCGCCCCUAGAUAUUCGGAGGGACGUGGACGAGGUGCUGACCAUGUUUGUGGAGCGAUUCAGAGAGAAGCCGCAAGUGGAGGUGGCUGCGUAUGUCGAUCCCUCCGUGCCGCAGCUCGUUCUUGGUGACUCGCUCAGGCUUCGACAGGUGCUGAUCAACGUGCUGUCCAACGCAUGCAAGUUCACGGAGCGAGGGCACAUCCUGGUGUGUGUGCGCACGGCCCCCUUCACAGAGGACAUUCGGCGGGUCAUUGUGCUCAAAGGCGUUGCCAAGCGCAUGCCCACAGCGAACCCCACAGCCGCAUUCCCUCCCCCUCCUCCGCCUCCUGCUGCUGCUGCUGCAGCCAGUGCCGCUACAGCCGCUGCCGUUACAGGCUCUGCUGCUGCUACAGCCACUACAGCAGCAGCAGCAGCAGCAGCAGCAGCAGCAGCAGAGGCAAAGGCAGCAGGAACAGGCGGAGACGUGUCUGAUUCCAGGGCGGCAGGGCAGGUGGAGCAGCAACGGUCUGCUGGACAGGUGGAACAGCAACGGUCUACAGGACAGGUGGUAUCUGAUUCAAAGUCGGCAGGACAGGUGGUCCCUCUCCCCUCCCCCAGCCUCCAAACCACCAGCCCUCAAUCCAAACCCCGCAUCUCACCCAGGGGAACCCCUCCGGCCAAUCAGAGCAUGACAGGUGGCAGCAGGGCGGCAGGGAGGGAGGAAGGGGUGGGCGUGGGGUGCGGGGGAGGAGUGGGGGUCGAUGCCUGGCGGACGUGUAUAGAAUGGUCACCGGUGCAGGUGGGCAGCAAGGGCGCAGGAAGUGCGGGAAGCGCUAGGGAGAACGUCAGCAGGGGGAGUGGAAUGCGAGGAGAGAGAAGGGUGCUGACCCGGGUAGGGACUGGGAGUUCGGGAGAUCUCAAGAGGAUCGAAAGGAGACUCAGUGAAAGCCCAUCGGGGGGUGGUGGUGUUGGUGCUGGUGCUGGUGGUGACGGUUCUGCUGCUGCCGCUGCUGCGGCAUCUUCGUCUAGUCUCCCUUCUGUUGCUCGUACUCCAACCGCUGCUGCCGGCGCUGCCACCCCCCCUGCAUCAUCACCACCAGCAGCAGCAUCAUCACUCGCACCAGCAGCAGCAGCAGCAGCAGCAGCAGCAGCAGCAGCAGCAGCAGCAGCAGCAGCAGCAGCAGCAGCAGGGCUGUACCCAUCAAUGGCAGCAAGCACGACGCUGAGUGGGCUAGAGGCGGUGGACUCGUGCAACAGUUGGGCCACGAUCUGUGCCCUGCGCGCCCAAGCCAAAGCCGCCACCGCCCACCAGCGCUCUCGCCUCACUCCCUCUGCUGCUGCUGCUGGUACUGCCUCAGCUCCUGCUGGUGCCGCUGCCAGUGCCGCUGCCGGCCCUGGUGCCGCCGCUGGUAACCGCAGCGCCGCCGUGGUAACCGUCCUGCAGAAGAGCGUGCGACUGGUGAUCUCCGUAGAGGACACAGGCGUGGGCAUACCCUACGGAGUGCAGCGGCACAUCUUCAAGCCCUUCGUACAGGCAGACGCCUCAAACACGCGCACGCACGGCGGCACGGGAAUCGGUCUCGCCAUUUCGCGCCAGCUCGUGAAGCUCAUGGGCGGGCAGCUGACGUUUUCCAGCCGCCCGGGGGUCGGCACGACGUUUUACUUUGACAUUGUGGUGCCGUGCGCGAGUGCGGCUGAGGAGGCGGAGGCUGCUGCGGCGGCUAUCACCCCGAACGGCCGCGAUGGGAUGGGCGCGUUUCCGGGUUACUGGGGUGUCGCUGGUUCUGCCGGUGCGGGGGGGUAUGGGGGGGUUGAAGGCAACGUGGGGCAAUCAGCAGUGGAGCUUCAGAUGGGGUUUGACCGGAAUGCGUCAGCCAAGGAUUUGCAAGCACUGGCAGAUCUGGCUAGAGAGUCGACCCACGGGGCGGACUGGCACAGGCAGCUGCGGCCGGGGUGCCGCGACGGGCAGUUCCGAAAUGUUUUGGCACGCGUGUUGGACGGGAAUGCGUGGGACGCGGCGAUUCUGGUGACACAGGAGAGGGUGGAGGAGGGGGAGGCGAGGAGGAGGGGCUUUGAUGCGGUGCUGGUGAAGCCGGUGAGUGCUUCUAUCCGCUCCUUCUCCGGCCUUCCAAGGGCAGGCGUUGCUUCCCCGGGCCUGCAGCAGAUGCCAGGCUCGGCCAGUGCUGGCUCGGCCAGUGCUGGCUCGGCCAUGCCAGGCUCGGCCAGUGCUGCGGAAGAGGAGAGUGAGAGUGAGCUGGUGCCUUUUAGUGGCUGCAUGGGCCUCGUGCGAGGGAACUCGGCACAGGUUCAUCCGACAGGUGUGGACCUACCACGGAGUGACUCGGCACAUGCUGACUCAUCACGGUGUGACUCGGCACAGAUGGACUCAGCCGGAGCUUAUGCAACCGCUGCUGCUGCUGCUGCUGCUGCUGCUGCUGCUGCUGCUGCUGCUGCUGCUGCUGGUGCUGCUGGUGCUGCUGGUGCUGCUGCAACUGCUGUUUCUGCUGCCCCUGCUGCUGGCUCAUUGCGGAGAGCCAAGAGUGGGCUGCCAGGCGUGGGUGGGGCGGACAGAGAGGAAGCAUACGCGGAGGGAGGGGUGCGGCCGAUAGGCCGGGACAGCCGAACCACGUCUGCUUCCCGUGCUGCUCUCGCUGCUGCUGUGGGAGGAGGGGGAGCAGUGAGUAAGCAGCAGCAGCAGCAGCAGCAGCAGAAGCCCAAGUCAGCGAGUUUCCAGAUGCUGCAAGAGGCACUGCAGGGCAUGUCACUGCUGGUGGUACGUGGACGACAAUCUGGUGAACCGGAGGUGGUCGGGCGCAUGCUGCAGCGCUGCACUUUCCUCCUACCCUUCUCCCAACGCUUGACUUUGCACUUCCUCCCAAUCCACUGCCAGGUGGAUGACAACCUGGUGAACCGCAAGGUGGACGACAACCUGGUGAACCGCAAGGUGGACGACAACCUGGUGAACCGCAAGGUGGACGACAACCUGGUGAACCGCAAGGUGGACGACAACCUGGUGAACCGCAAGGUGGACGACAACCUGGUGAACCGCAAGGUGAUCGGGCGCAUGCUGCAGCGGUAUGGCGUGGGGGUGGAGAUGGUGGAUGGGGGCCGCAAGGCCAUUGAGAGGCUUGUGACGGGCGGGUGGGACAUCGACUGUGUUCUCAUGGACGUGCAGGUGGGUGUGUCUGUUAAGAUGCCCGAGAUGGAUGGGUGCGAGGCAACAGCUGCCAUCAGGAAGCUUGAAGGGGAGAGGCGGAUGGAGAGAGAGGAGAGGGCACAGAGGGCGGAAAGUGCAGAGAGGGAGGAGAGGGAGAGGUUGGAGGAAGCGGAGAGUGGGAGGGCGGAGAGAGAGGGAGAGUGUGUGAGGGACGCUGUGCCAGUGCUGCAGAGGGAGCAACUGAAGGCGACCCUUCCCGUUUCAGCGCGAGACACAUCAGCAACAGUAGCAGCGAAGGCAGGAUCAGCAGCAGCUUCUUCAGAAUGCAUAAGAGGAGCUUUACCAAAGCCGCCCACCCCCGCCAGAACCCCAUCCCCACUGCACCCUCGAAAAUCCCCUCUGCAAGCCCCAACACACACUCGCUCGCCCUCGUUCCAAGGCCGCACCUCCGCCUCCCCGCUGCAGCUUCUCAGAAGCAACCGGCACCGACGGCAUGUGAGCAGCGGGGAUUUGGACGGCCUAGGGGCGGGGUUCUGUCCACCCUCGCAGGCUGGUGGGCAAUCUGUUGCAGGGGAUAGGCACACCCCAUCUCCUAAGGAUGGGCACUUUGCGGUGAAGCACAACCCAACCGCACAGGCCAGGCAAACUACAGCAGCGAAUGGCAAUCCAAACCUAAAGGCCGAGCAAUCAGCAGCAGCAGCACACAGCCUGUCACAAGGCAGUGUAGCAAGGCUUAAAGCAGUGGCUGUUAGUGCUAGCGAGGGGACCCAGGGGGAGGCGAGACCUGGGGUGGGUACUCCCAAGGGAGGGGUGUUCUCUAAGUGGGUGGAGUUGACUAGCCCUACAUGGGGUCGGCAGCAGGUUGUGGAGCAGCAAUCACUGUUGGGAGAGGAGGGGAAACAGGGAGGAGAGGGAGGGGUGAAGCGGCCCAGUCAAGUUCAGCAAAGGAAUGAGCAACAUCAGCAGCAAAGGCAGGGUGUGCAGGAGCAGCAGGUACAGAAGCAGCAGCAGCAGCAGCAGCAGCAGUAUCAGCAGCAAAGGCGAGUUCCAGAGAUGGAUAGGGUGCUGAUAUUUGCGCUGACUGCGGAUAUUGGUGCGGGGACAAGGGAACGGUGUGCGCGGGUGGGCAUGGAUGGGUACAUGACAAAGCCUGUGGAGGAGGAGCAGCUGUGCCGAGUGAUGCUCGGUCCCCUCAGAUUACGGAAGCAAAUGAAAAUGGGAGCAACAUCUGAUGGAGAGUAG